UUUACCGCCAUGUGCUAAGAAUAGUGUUAAAUUAGUGGAGUUGACAGAAACGGGCUCGCUACGAGCACAGGUUGUAACACUGCGACACUUCAGGGCGGACGGGUCGCGCGGAUUGUGUACAGUUGAAAGCGCGUCGUGGAGACGGAAGGCUACUUGGCGACAAAGCAACCGAGAAACAUGCGGUGAGCUGGCGGACCACCUCAUAACCAGGACCAGUCCGACGUUUUAGGGAAAUAGUUUCUGCGGACAGCGAAUGCCCGAAGCAGGCGUGUGUGUGUGUGAGGAUGAGCAGCACGUUUGUGACUCUGGCGGAGGUGCUGGAGGCCCGGGGGUCUCCUCUGGGGGAGGACGAGGUCUGGAGCCUCCUACUGGGCACCGCAGAGGCACUGGUGGACCUCAGCUAUAAAGGUCAGACUAACAUCUGUAACAUCAUCACCCCUGGUUCCCUGUUGCUAUCGGCGACAGGCACACUGGCCUUUAAGAGCUGCAUCCAAUCAGAAGAGACUUCUCCGUUCACUGCCCCUGAGAUGCUGCAGGGCCGACCAAUCAGCACCAAGCUUGCCAUGGAGAAGGUGGCUGUGUAUUCAUUGGGAAUGACUCUGUACUGGUGUGUUGACUAUCGACUUCCUCAGAACCAGCCGGUGCAGCUGAGUGAUGCUCUGAACGUGUUGCUACUGAGCAUGUGCGAAGACGUGGCCCACCGGAGGCGGAGCCUCAGCGCCAUUCUGGAGUCGUGUGAGGAGCAGCAGAAAGCCACGCCCCUUCCCCCACCCAACAGGGUCAUCCGUCAGCUGGUGGAACACCUGCUCAACAACACCGCUGACAGCUCAACUAUUUCUGAUCCUGUGGUUCCACUGAGUGGAAGGAGUCAGAUGGUUCGGGAGAGACUACACGGUAAGCGCAGUGCGUACUUUGGCUACCCAGAGGGGAAUGGAGCGUCAGGGCAGAGGCGAAGACUCUCCUCAGAUUCUGAGCUCCACAAAGGUGGAUCGAGUCAGCAGAAGCAGUGGGCACAGAAGAGGCGGAGUUCACCCCCCCAAUCCUUCCAGACGCUGCCCAAUCGGCUACAGCGAGGGCUGCAGCAGAGAGGCAGCAGCAGUAGCAGCUGGUUGUCACGGAGUCCGUACCUUAGCGAUGCAGGUCCUCCACUCAGUCCACCCAUCAGCCUGAGCGACUCUAGCGCUAGCCUCACCCAGCGCAAGGCCAAGACGCUGGGGCCUGAGUUUGUAAGAAUGGGCGAUGAGCCUCCCAUCACUCUAGAGCUGCCAGGAUCUAUUGUGUCAAAGAAAGGGAAGUCAUGUGCGUCUCAGCGGGAGGUCAGUGUGUUCCUGCCCAAUGACCAGUGUCUUCUGGUGCGCUGUGACAUCAAGUCCCGCGGCCGAGACGUCUUUGACAUGGUGGUGGCGCACGCCAACCUGGAACAUUUCUACUUCAGCCUCACUUUCAUCAAUGAUGAUGAGUUUUUUUUCCUGGAGCCUGAGCUGAAGAUUUCUAAAGUGGCUCCUGACGUCUGGAAGAAACAGCCUGGAUGCAGCUUCACACUCUACCUGAGGGUCAAGUUCUUCGUCGAUGAUGUGUCCUUUAUCCAGCACAGACUGACUCGGCACCAGUUCUACCUGCAACUGAGAAGGACAACUUGUGGAGAUAGACUACUUUUCUGUGAGGACACCGCCCUCUACCUGGCAGCCCUGGCACUGCAGGCAGAGUUUGGAGACUACAUGCAUGAGGUACACACACGACCCUACUUCCAGCUGGAGCAGUAUGUGUCUAAGAGGGUUGUGGAGAAGAUGGCGUUGCCAUGCGUGCGAGAGGAGCUGCCCCGCCUACACGCCAACAACACACACAUGCUGCCUGAGGAAGCAGAAAUGGAGUUCCUGAAGCUGAUGCAGCAGUUGCCUGAGUACGGGGUGCUGUUCCACCGUGUGGGGCGUGAGCGUGACAAACGUCCAAUAGGUAGUGACCUUCUGGAAACGUCAGCUCCAAAGCAUGAGAACCUGGAGAAGUACCUGGCAGUGUGUCGCUCUCAGCACGCCCAGAUGAAGCGUUUGUCCUGCUCGGAGAUCGUCCUCAACAACGUGGGCCUCUCCGCCGCGUUGCCUAGCGACAGCAUCAGCAAGUCAUGUGACGACCUGUCGGCCAAGGUGGAGGCUCGCCAGAGGAAACAGAGAGAACUGCAGGACAUCUGCGAGAUGAGAGAGCCUCUACUGAGCAACAGGGGUCAGCGCCCUGAGCCCAUCCACAGGAUCAUGUCCAGGGACUCAGAGGGUUUAGAAGGAGGACUCAUUAAGAAAGACCGAACACUUGGCUAUGGGUUUGUAAUAGUGGGGGAGGACAAUACUGGGAAGCUGGAUUUAGGCAUCUUCAUCGCCACUAUAGUUCCUGAUGGACCUGCUGACAAAGACGGCCGAAUCAGAGCUGGUGGCCGUUUGAUCUCUCUGAAUAAGAUCAGUCUAGAGGGAGUGAGUUUCACUGCAGCCGCUGCCAUCCUGCAGAACAGCCCAGAGGAGGUGGAGCUCAUCGUCUCGCAGCCCAAUCAGAACCUCCAGGAGAGUAAGCAAUCCCAGAUGGCAGGUGCUGGAGGCUAUGGCCUGAUGCUGGAGCGCAGCUACGACUCCCAGACCACCCUGAGCAGUGAGUACCGGCCCGCAGUGGAGGAGAGCGAUAACUGGUCCAGGUGCUCCUCCAUGUCUAGUUUGCGGGGGCCCGAGACUCUGUUUGUGGAGCUGAGGAAGAUCAACGGCAGUCUGGGCAUCAGUGUAGCAGGUGGUGUGAACACCAGUGUGCGUAACGGCGCAUUACAUCAAAACCUGGUGAUGGGGACUGUCAUUUGUGACCGGUUGGUGGAGGUAGAUGGCACCAAUCUGAGGAGAGUGACCCAUCGCCAGGCUGUGGAGUGUUUGAAGAGGACAGGAGAGGUUGUGACCCUGCUGCUGGAGGCGGGAGCAGCAGGUUGUCUUGAAUCAUCCCACCCCAUCCUCCACUCUGGAGCGACAGAGAGUACUCUGGAGGUGUCGUUGAGGCGGAGUGUGAGUGGACUGGGCUUCAGCUUCAUGGUGUGUGACGUGUCGUCCCCACCGGGCCGUGCAGGGGGCAGUGUCGUGCGCAUCAAGCGUCUGUUUCCAGGGCAACCAUUGCCGAUGAGAGAGGCCGGGCUUCUUGUUCUUCUGAUGCUCAGAGGAGCUGCCGAUGAGGUGCGACUCACCAUUUGCAGACCUCCACCAGGCGUCCUGCCUGAUAUGGACACAUACUCUCUGUAUAUAUUAGUCAGGCCCUGCGCCCAUGGAGAAUCUCCCAUGUCCCUGGACCUGCGCAUGAGGGACCUGUCCAUGGACUUCCACCGGCUGCUGCAGCUGAAGGCCGAGGAGCAGCACCAGGACAAGGUCUGGCUCCUGCAGCGGCUGGAACGUCUGGAGGAGAAGGCGGUGUCUGUGGCAGCAGCAGCAGCAUCAGCAUCAGCGGUAACUAUGGUAACAGACUCCUCCCUGUCACAGGAGGAUGCUGUCAGCAGUUCCCUCAAGAAGCAGAACGAAAGCACAACAUUUCCCAGUGGUGUGAGGCAGCAGGUGAAUGGCUCCACCACGUUCUGUAUGGUGUCCAACGGUUUGGCUUUCCUGGCCGACGAGGAGUACCUGUCAAUCAGCUCCAUCACAGACUCCACCCCUGAUUCAGGCUCCACACACACACACACUCACACACAUACACAGCCCUCCUUGUACACACACGCACACACACCUGUACAAACACAACCACCACACACUCAUGCCCACACACAACCCUCUCACACACUUUCUCACUCUCACACACACUCCUGUUCCUUACGCACUGUCACACACCAUGGCCGCCUCCACAGGAUGAGGAGGAAAGAAGACCCUAACAGGGAAGUGCUAAAGGAGUUUGAGCUGACGGUGACCUUGACCAAGUCGUGGAGCGGUAGUUUCGGCUUCACCAUCACGCGCAGUAAGCUGGACGGUUGCUACUACAUCCAGGAAGUGCUGGACAACCCUGCCCGCUCCGACGGACGACUCAGAGCCGGAGACAGACUCAUCAUAGUGAAUGGCCAUACUUGUGGCCUCAGUGGCCGGACUGACAUGGCCAUGAGCAUCCCUCUUCGUGAUCCGCGGAAACUGGUGAUGGUUAUAGGCCGGGCUGUCCAGAACCUCGUAGCCCCGCCCUCCGCAGACAGCCUACCUGACAUCACCCUACACAAGACACUCAGCGGACAACUAGGCAUCAAGCUGGGGGAGGCAUCGGUAGCAGCUGGCAGAGCAUCCUCGUGCUGGAGGUGGUGCCCAGCUCACCCGACCAGUGAAGGGAAGUCUGCAACCUUGGGACAAGAUCCCUGUACAUCAGCGGCAGGUCUGUUUGACUGGAAGAAGGAGAGGAGGUUUUUCCCCCGCUUUGAGGAGCCCUACUCACCUGAACCUGAACACUUCCCUGAGGAAGUGCGUUUCCGACCGCAGCCAUCAAUCCCCUCUCAACCAGAGGAGAGUUGUAUUCUGCAGGUGGAGUUCUCCAAGCCCGAGGGCAGUGGGCUGGGCUUUGUGAAUGGUGUGAUAGUGUCGGGUCUGAGUCACAGUAAGGUGGUUGACAUCCUGAGGACAGCAGAGGGCGUGGUCCAGCUCACCGUCUGCAGAGACUUCCUGUCUAUGGCUCCUCCCACUGAGCAGUGUUAUGGUCCGCCCCCAACAACUACAGAUGGGAAUGAGUCGACUCCACUGGCAGAUCAGAAAGAGGAUCCACCAGAAAUGUCCCCCAUAUACUCACAGGAGGACAACAGUAGCACUCCCCCUCCUCAGAGCUGUUGUCCAUCAGUACGAGAUCUGCUUCCAGACAGCCCCAAGGAGCUUCCAUCCGCCUGGAGCAGCGAGGAAGAGGAGGAGGAGGAGGAAGAAGAAGGGUUCGUCCAGCCCUCAACAUUCAACAUACUGCCCCCUACAGGUCGCCCCAUCGUGUCGGAGGAAGAGCUGUCCACCCUGGCCAUCAUCAGUCCCUCUAAUACGGGAUGCUACUCGGGGUCAAGGGUCAAAACUCUUAUCCAGAUCCUGCAGCAUCAGGACCAGCAGGAACUCAUCAAAGAGUUUCUGGCUCUGGAGCAUAUGAAGCCGUCUGAUAACUGUCUGGUUGGGAAAGCUCCAGAAAACCGUCAGAAGAACCGCUACAGAGACAUCCUACCCUAUGAUAAGACGCGUGUGCCCUUGGGGAAGCAGCAGGAGUACAUCAAUGCCAGCUACAUCCGCAUGCAGGUGGGUCUGGAGGAGUUCUUUUACAUCUCGUGCCAGGCCCCGUUGCCCUCUACAGUAGAAGCCUUCUGGCAAAUGAUCUGGGAGAAUCGCUCCGACGUCAUCGCCAUGGCGACACAGGAGGUGGAGCGCGGGCGGGUCAAGUGCCACAAGUACUGGCCUGACCGCUUAGACGUUCCCAUGGAAACGGAUCGCUACCAGCUGAUCCUAGACAACUACCAGCAGCUGGACUUCUUCCACAUCAACAUAAUCAAGAUGGUGGAGAAAGAGAGUGGUAGCUGUCACUGGGUGAAGCAGCUGUGUGUGCGUCGCUGGCCUGACCACGGGCCACCGGGCUCGUCCGAGCAGCUGGUCCGGUUCCUGCGCUACAUGCGCGCGGUCCACAGCCGCGGGCCCAUCACCGUCCACUGCAGCGCUGGGAUCGGACGCACCGGUGUCCUCAUCUGCACCGACGCCAUCAUCAGCCUCAUACAGAACGACCUCGCCAUCAGUGUGAGUGACAUUGUCAAGGACAUGCGUACUCAGCGCUACGGCAUGAUUCAGACCAAGGAACAGUACUUCUUCUGUUAUAAAGUCUGGCUGGAUGUCCUCCAGGGGAUCUUACAGCUUCACGGUAACCAAUGGCAACCUGAGGCAUCAGUCUGACUUCCCUGUUCUGCAGCAGACGGAGAGACAAGAGGCGUGUCUACAGGAAAGGCUCAUCGAUAAGGGGUGGAGCACUGAAAGGAGGAGGGGUUUCCCAAUCGCACCACUCCACUCCGCCACUAAAGCCCUUUAUUUGUGGCGGCCAUCUUGAAAUCACUGGAACAUGAGACAGCACAUGACCUGUAGCACGUAGCAAGCUCGUACUGUACCGUGACAGAUCAAGCACACAGAGAAUUGACUGGAUUAUCGAUUUUAGCUCCUAGAACUUAUUGUAGCGAAGCCAGCUAAGUUUUGCCAAAGCUGAUCAUAUAAUAUACACACACACAUAUAUAUAUAUAUAUAUAUA